UCCAUCAACAAAAUGCAGGGUUGCCCCAUCUGCAACUCUCGUGUUCGUCUGAGCUGGGGCCGUUCUCAGAACAACUCUGGCCCUACAGGGCACCCCUUACAGGCCCGCACCUCCCCCGCCUGUCUAUCCCAACACGGGCUUGCCACCUAUCGGUCACAUCACCAGCUGCCCAGCAGCGGACACAGGUCCCAGAAGACCUCUUUGAAGCCCAAGAAGCCUCAGUACCGCUACACGACCACGACCAACAACACCAUGCCAUAUAUCAAGCGCGAAGAGACAGAUACCACACAGAACACUGCUUCCAAGACCACACAAAUCGUUGAGUUCAGAGAAGGGGAAACCAGAGAGCUUUACGAUAAAGAUAGAGAAGCAAGGACUCUUAUUUUCGUGGAACGUCAAGCAGGUGCGGAAAACUUGUUGAGCAUCCUGUUGAAGAAAGGACAUUGGGGUCUGGCAGCUGGUGCAGCGUUGGAAGACGACCGCUCAGCCCAUCAGGUUAUGGAUAAUGAGAGUGUGUGGUAUGGACUCACUGGGUUUCAAGAGAGCGUGCGAAGGUUGCGUUUUAGAUGCGGUCAGCAGCUGGAAGACGGCUGCACAGCAGAUCAUGGACAAUGUGGCCGUGGCCGUGGCAGCGGUGGUGGGCGGUAUUGUCUGCGCUCCGAGCUGUCGGGCACCAGCGCCGUAAGACGACAAAUAGUAGCGCUAACAAGCGAUGACUACAGAAGGAAGUGUGCUGUGGAUACACACAAUCUCAUAUCUUCGCCCAUCCCAAGUUCAGCAGCACGCACGGCGUCCCCUGUUCAGGCUGCUCAGACUACUGCUCCUCCCUAACCCUCGGCGUCAGCUCCCCUGCGCAAAAUAGGCAGCAAACGCAAGCGCUCCGAAGACGACACGCCCAUUUUAACCGCAAUCACGGCUGACAAAUCCGACACCGACACCGACGCCUCGAAAGGGCACCAGGCCACAACUACGCUCUUCAGUCUCCUCCUACAGCCUAGUUCGCUAGCUCCCGCUUUGCGUGGAGCAGCGUGUACAUGCUGUGCGACUAUGCGAACCUGGCGCGACAACGCCUGUUGGUCGGCAAGGGCUGGGACGUCACAAUAGAGAAGAACAAGGGCAAGAGGAUCGUUUAUAUGCGCUAGGAUUUGGAGACGGAUGAUAGGCAGGUGGAGCAAAGAAAGGAGA